AGCAGCGGGCAAGGGCGAGCUCAGCCCUCUAGUCCUCACUGCUGUCUGUAUCGAUGAAGUUGUUUCAAAGAUGGCGGAUUUCCUGCCGUCCCGCUCCGUCUUAUCUGUAUGUUUCCCUAACUGUCUCCUCACGAGCGGUGAGGCAGAGCAGCUGCGGAAAUCCAAAGAGAUAGAUAAGUGUAUUAAUCGUGAUAAGACGUAUGUGAAAAGGCUAGUUAAGAUCCUGUUACUUGGAGCAGGCGAGAGCGGCAAGUCCACUUUCCUCAAGCAGAUGCGCAUUAUCCAUGGGAAGGACUUCGAUCAGAAGGCCAAGGAAGAAUUCAGAGCCACGAUUUUUAGCAAUGUUAUUAAAGGUAUCCGGGUGUUGGUGGAUGCUCGAGAGAAGCUACACAUCCUGUGGGGUAACCCGUCCAACAAGCGGCAUGGAGACACCAUGAUGGCGUUUGACACCCGGUCAGCGAUGUCUCAUGGUCACGGCAUGGUGGAGCCCAAGGUUUUUCAGCACUAUCUGCCAUCCAUCCGGGCACUGUGGGCCGACCAGGGCAUCCAGAAUGCCUACGAUCGCCGCAGAGAGUUCCAGCUGGGGGAGUCAGUCAAGUAUUUCCUGGACAAUUUGGAAAAGCUCGCACAGUCGGACUACCUCCCAAGCCAGCAGGACAUCCUCCUGGCCAGAAAACCCACUAAGGGCAUCCAUGAGUACGACUUUGAGAUCAAGAAUGUGCCCUUCAAGAUGGUAGACGUGGGCGGUCAACGCUCUGAGAGGCGGCGCUGGUUCGAAUGCUUUGACUCGGUCACUUCCAUCCUCUUCCUCGUCUCUUCCUCUGAAUAUGACCAGGUGCUGAUGGAGGACCGGCAAACCAACCGGCUGAGCGAGUCCCUCAACAUUUUUGAGACCAUCGUCAACAACCGGGUUUUCAGUAACGUCUCCAUCAUCCUGUUCCUGAACAAGACGGACCUGCUGGAGGACAAGGUCAAACAUGUGUCCGUCAAAGACUACUUCCCCGAGUUUUCAGGCGACCCCACGAGCCUGGCGGACGUCCAGCGCUUCCUGGUGGAAUGCUUUCGCAAAAAGCGCCGCGAGCAGCAGCAGAAGCCGCUCUACCACCACUUCACCACAGCCAUCAACACCGAGAACAUCCGGCUGGUGUUCCGUGACGUCAAGGACACCAUCCUUCACGACAACCUCAAGCAGCUGAUGCUGCAGUGAAGGGACUGACCAGGAGGAGGAGGAGGGGGACAGAGGGAUGGAGACAGAUGGAAAAUGGGUGUCAAGGUGCCUUUUUCCUUAACCCCCCACUCCUGCCAGCCUGUAAGUGGAGCAGGAGGCGUCACUUUUGAACUUUGACUGUGUAUUAAGCCACCACUACUACCGCCAUUCCCCCCACCCCCACGCUUUCUCUCUGCCUUACUGAGCUUGUUCACUGUGACUUAUAACAGCUGCUUUUGGCUCAGAGCUCCAACCGCCCUCUGACCCUCGAAAACCACUGUAAAUGACCCCCCACGUCCACCCUCAGUACAGUGGACCUUGUCGACAUUGUCUAUGGUAUAUCCUCUCUGUAUGUGUUUUGCUCUGAUUCACAUCGUCACACUGUCCCUUUUUUUCUAUGCUGCUCUGACCACUGUUGAUUGGGGGGGGGGGGGGGGGGGGCUUGUUUUAAACUGGCGUCAAUGAGUAGCUGUCAAAGCCACCUGCCAGUGCUGGCAACGUCAGCGGCUCAGCGACUGUUGCCAGGUGUUGCCUUCCUUUUGCAGAAUGCCUUUUGUUUUGUCUUUGGGUUAACAUAUGCUUUCCAGCGGCGCUUGUUGAUCUCAUCACCGGGCCAGGGUGGGGAUUUCCUCUGAGAGAAAUAGAACAGGAAAGAACAAUACACACACACACAGAUAGGAAGUCCUAUUGAUUCCACCUGAUUCUAGUUUUCUAAUCAUUUACUUUCACUUUCUAGUCGUUGAAUAUUCAGUAUUUAACCUAUGCAUUUUCUUUUAACUUAUAUUUUAUAGGGGUUUACACUUGUGUGACUGCUGAUGGCCUCUGUUACAGUUAAUUUGGGGGGGGUGAGAGAGCACAGACACAAACACAAAUAGACCACUUGUAACAUAAACCAUCAGGCUAGCUAGGUUCAGCGUGAAACAUUGUUUUUAGCUUUUUCUCAGGGCAAAUUGUGAACCACUUCUCUGUGAUUUGAAGCCAGAACUCUCUCACUCUGCCCCCCCACAAGUCAAGUUGUCGAAUGACAGCUGUUACAGUGUCUUCUCUCUGGGUGUGCGUGCGUGUGUGUACUAAAAGAAACUGCUGAUCCCGUUUCCACCUGGUAUUAACUCGUGAUCUGUACAUGGCUGAAGACCUUAACAUUUGCAUCCGGCGUUAAUAAGUCGUGUUGUUAUCCACAUUCUUUAAAAUUCCUCUUGGGUAGUGAUUUUCAAGCAAAGAUGCCAAAAUUUUAUGCUUCUCAUAUGCAGGGACUUGUUACAUGUCCUAAUCUCACAUUUUAGUAAACUGGAUAAUAACUGUUGGUUUAAUCGAUAAUGAUAACAAUAAUGAUCCUUAUUUGCCACUUAAUUGGAUCUCAGUAUGCAAGCUAGAAACUCCAAGCAGCACCUGACAAAACCUGGGUCAGAGCAUCUAGGAGUCAGAGACCCCCGGGGGCAAUGCUGUUGAUGCUUGCGGAUUUGGAAGACUUGAGGGUUGAUUGUAGGAAUCUCAUCUCCACGCACCAUAUCUGGAUAACAUUCUGGACAAUAUUCAGAUUUGUCAACACAUCUGGCAGGAUUCCCCAUUGCCGUGUUUCUGUGUGCACUUACAUCUACGUUAAUAAUUAUUUAUUUAUCAUUUUAUUUUUUAUGUUUUAAUGGGCAAAACACAAUGCUGAUACAGAUCACACGGUAAUACCAGGGUGACAUCUGGUCUGUGGUCCACAUUGGUGUCAUCUGAAAGCUCUGUAACGAGAACGUGAACUGGUUUGCUCUGGCGGCUGACUGCAGCAAUAUCAAGAGCUGACAGUCAAAGUGGUGUUGCUGCAGUGAAUUGGAAUGUAUUGCAGCGAUAUUACAGACAUUGACCUCCAAAGCCUUCAUGUCUUAUCUCUCCACGUCAUCUCCAUCCUGUAAGUGUUGUGUAUCGUACCAGAACGGAGGAGGCGGCUUGUUUGGCCUUUGUUUUGCUGUCUCAGAAGGUACCUGUAGAUGCUGUCCGUCGUUCUCGUCCACAUUUCUGAGCUAAAAAGGAAAGGGAUGAAGCCAGUCUGUAUGUUCCUAAUGAUCCACUGGCCCCGUCGUGUACAGGUUAUCCAUUGUUCAAAUUGUCCUCUUAGCGCCUUCUCAAAUGUCUAAUUCAUCACACAUCAUGCAACAUCACUCUCAUUUCCAACAGCUGAUGUAAAUCCCUCCACACAUAUCUCGGUAUGACCAUGAGUGUUGUUACAUAUAUUUAAAAAAAAGUUUGGAUGGUGUUUAUUUAAAUCUAAAGCAUCAGCUUCCUCCAGAUGUGUCGACAACGUGAUCACCUCCAGAUAUUUGGCUCCACUGGUUCAUGCUUCAGCAGAUGUUGAUGAGUGAUGAAAUCUGUGAACCACUGAUUCAGAUUCCUGUCCAACUGUGACAUCACAGUCGGGCUCUUUUGGGGAAACCCUGCUUGCAAUUUGAGAAUCUCAACUUGAAUGUAUGGGUGUGACAUUUCCUACACAUUUUGAAAGCGGUUGACCCCAGCUGGCCAAUCAGAGCAGACUGGGGUUUAUCGGUAAGAGAGGCUAAAAGAAAUCUAGGCGUUUUAGACAGAGGGUGAAAAGAGGAGCUGCAGGAUUGGCAGUAUGAGAACAAUGAUGCCUUUUCUGAACAUUAGAGCAUGUAAACCUUUUCAAGUGGUCACCAAAAUUAAAAGUAUGAACCUGAAUAUGAGCAUAAUAUGUCACCUUUAAAUGUGAUCGACAGAAAAUCUUUUAUUGUUUAUUGUUUAAGGUCUUGAACACAGACAUUGUACAUACACCAGCACAGCUUCGUGGUUAUUUCUCUUUAUAGUUGUUAUUGCAAAUGGCAGCUAAUCGCUGCAAAGACUGAAUGACGUUUUUUAACUCUUAACAUGCCCAACCUAUCCCACAGCUACACACACUCCCAGAGUUUUAAAGAUCCAAAGAGUCUUUUCACUCUGAAAAUGAAUUUGUAGAAAAAUAAUGCAUCAUAGUGAUAGAUGACACCAGUGACUGUAAAUAAAGACGGAUGGCUUGUUUCCUCUUCCUCCCACUGUUCAAACAUGAGGCCAAAAUAUUCUGGAUGCAGGCGCAGACAUCUUGUGUUGGUGAUGUCAUGUGGAGGCAGAGUCUGCGCAGAAGUGAUCGAGGUGUGGAGCCUCUGUAUCUAGGUCCCGCCCAUACGCCUUCCUGACCAAUCAGUCUCAGCUGUCCAUUAUGACACCUCAGCCUUUUUUAUAGCAUCACAUAACUAAUUAACACUUGAACAUGCCACAUUGUGAAAAGAACUACCUAACAUGACAGAACCCAUUUUUGGACCUGUACAUUCCAGAUGUUUGUCAUGUCUUCCAUCUUUAUAUACAGUCACUGGAUUACACUGUUGAAGUCAUCAAGGUGUCAACAUCAUCUGCUGCUGCAGCCGUUUCUCAUACCGCUCACUUCACUGAUGACUAGUAGAGUGGAUCACGCUUUUCAACUGUAUUUCUGUUUUCAGCACAUUCAUGACAUGUUCCUCUUUGCUCCUCAUACUCGGACGAUUUAGCUUUGAGUAAACAGUUGCCUUAAUCAGGGACAUGAAGGGUGAGGGGGACACGUGUCACAGGAAGCUAUGUCACUGUCCCCCCAGACCAACAAGGAGCCCGCUGUCACUCAGCAUGUGUCGUCACAUGGCUGAUGUUGGUGUGUAUUUGUGUCGGCUAAUAUGACUGGCUCCCCCUCAAAUUGUGCAGCGCCAGUCAGCAUGAUUCUCUGUCUGUCUGUGUCCGGAUGAAGCACUGUCUGUUUGUGUCACACAAAUGUCUGGUAUCAGACUGCUGUGUCAUGUCGUCACUCAAGGCCAGAAGAAAGCCUAUAGUUACACACACGCGAACACACGGGCACCAUGGAGUCAGAGCAGAACAGCCUCUGUCAGUGCUGAACAAACUUGGUUUUGAUCAUGAGUGCACAGACAGUGUACUGUCACAGGGGACCAGGAGCAGACGGGUGAGCGAGCUACAUGUCUCGGCUCUGUCAUGUCAUGUUUCUCCAUCAUGUGACGUCACGACUCCAAAGUCCGACAGUUGACUCGGAGCCUGCUGCAAAAAAAAAGAAGACAUCCUUUCAAAGCACCUAGGCUUUUUUGCUGCCUUCCACCAUCUGACGGGUCAAGAAGGUGAUCUGGACUUAAUGACUUAAUUAGCAUUUCUGAGAUUUAGUUGUUUAACUCUCUCGAACAUAUGUAAGAAAAUCUCAGCUCAAAGCCCAACGUUUCAGAGCUCCCACAUGGUCUUCAUUGUGAUGGGUCAUGGGGGCAUUCAGCUCUGAGACCAGAGAUCAUGCUUGGACUCUCAUGGGUCCAGAGUGACACAUGGAGACCUUAGUGUGUGUUUGAAAGUUGCCACAAGCUCAGUGUAGAGGAUGUCAUCACACUUCAAACUUCAGGUUUGUCGAGAUAAAGUCAGAACCAGUGGUGGCUCUGCUGUAAAUGCCUGUCUGCUGUUGUUUUACAGAUUUAAACAAACUAACACAAUGGUACAGCAAGUCGCGUCAUCAACGUCUACUCUGGAAGGUGGCGAUCAAAAUGCCUGCCCUGAUUCAACAACUCUUCCACAUCUUCCAGGAACUCUGUGCUUUUUGCACGUCUUUUAGUCUCCCUGCCAUGAACCAGACAAAUUGGACCCUCGUGCAUUUGUGGUGACAGAAGUAGUGGUGAGAAGGACGAAUGAAGGGAAAUAACUUGAGAGAAAAGUUCAGCCCCUGCCUACAUCUGCUCCUCCACUAAGUGGACCAGUCACUGUGUAAAGUCAGCUGUAUAAUCUGAUUGUGGGUUGUUUUUUUUCAGAGAGUUGGGGACUGUGCUGGAUGUAGGUUACUCUGCCUUCACAGACUGGCACUUUGUCUGAAACGUAAUGAAGGCCACACCAAACUGAGUCCUACCUUCAAUCCUCGGCCCAACAUCCCCUUUGUGCCCAGAAACUGUUCUGUAUUCUGUGUUCUCUGUUGAACUGUGGUCCAGGCUUCACCAUCUUACCUUCCAGUGUCCUACAUAAUACCUCGUGAUCAGAUCACCUGAGACAGAUUGUUCACACCAGAUCUGAACAGGGCCUUAGAUUUGUCACCAGGUCCUGAGGUUGAGCUGCUUCAGCAGUGCCGGCGCUCAGUGCUGGGAUCUGGUGGGGAUCUUUCUUUCUGUUCCGGGAACAGAGAAGAUCCAUUUCAAACCAGGUGACCUUGUUUGAGUUCUGCUCCCAAAGCUCCUUGCUGAGCAGCGUCUCACUUCUUUAACUGCCUUUGACUUUGCCUUUUAACCUUUUCUGUGAUGCUGGUUUUCUACCCUGCAUCCUAUGUGUUGUGUGAGUCUGACGUCGGUGCUGCGACUGGAGGUCGCGAUCGUGUUUCGACUGAGAGAGGUUGUAAAACACCUGUGAGAGGAAACCAGUGUCACCCAAGAUAGUCCAAACUAUGCAACAGCACUGCUCCACAGCCUUGACUUGAUAUUAUUAUGUGUUCAAAUAAUCAUGAUCUCACUGACUGAUGAUUCUCUUAAUGCCAGUGUUUUAUAGAAAUAUGAUCUGCCAAAUAUACUGAUGUUGAGUGCCUCCUUUUCCAAGCUCUGCCUCUAUUGUCCAAUCGUGUUAACAAAGGUUUUAUACUGUGUUUUGUUUUAUUUUUAUGUUUUAAUAAUGCCACAGUCUGAUGUCCUCAUACUAAGUAACUCACACAAACAUUUCUCUGCCCAGUUUUUGGUAUUUCCACGUACAAAAACUUUCGAUGUACAGUCUAACUUAUGCUGUCUUAUCCUUCUACUCUUAAAUAAAUCCAGCUGUUUUUUUAAA